CAGAGCUCCCACACAUUAAAGAGGAGUGUAGCCCCAGUCUGGACCAUGAGGACCCACCAGAGCUCCCACACAUUAAAGAGGAGUGUAGCCCCAGUCUGGACCAUGAGGACCCACCAGAGCUCCCACACAUUAAAGUGGAGUGGAGCCCCAGUCUGGACCUGGAGGACCCACUAGUGCCCCCACACAUUAAAGAGGAGUGGAGCCCCAGUCUGGACCAUGAGGACCCUCCAGAGCCCCCACGCAUUAAAGAGGAACAGGAGGAACUCUGGACCAGUCAGGAGGGAGAGCAGCUUCGAGGGCUGGGGGAAGCUGAUGCCACCAAGUUCACAUUCACUCAUGUCCCUGUGAAGAGUGAAGAAGAAGAGAAACCUCAGUCCUCACAGCUUUAUCAGAGACUAAAUGAACAGAUGGAAACAGAAUCUGAUGGAGAGGACUGUGGAGGACCAGAACCAGCCACAAACACAGAUCCAGAUAAACAUUUACAAUCAGCUGCUGGGGACAAGACGUCAGACUCUGAGUCUGAGACUGAUGACAGUUGUGAUUGGGAGGAGACCAGGGAACCUCAGUCAGGUUCAAACCUUCUGCAAAAAAAUGAAGUACCUGUUAGUGAUCAGGAAUAUAGUACUGGAAAAACCUCAAGAAGCUCCUCUGAAUGCUCUACAAGCUUUGGCCACAAGGGACUCCAAACAGGAGAGAAACAAUUUAGAUGUUUAGUUUGUGGUAAAGGAUUUGCUCAAACGUCACUCCUGAGACAACACAUGACAGUCCACACAGAGCAGAACCUUUUCAGCUGCCCAGUUUGUAAAAUAAGUUACAGGAGUAAAUGUUCUCUGUCCACACACAUGAGAGUCCACAGAGGGGAGAAACCUUUCAGCUGCUCAGUUUGUAAAAAGAUUUUGGGGAGCAGAUGUGCUUUGUCCAUACACACCAGAAUCCACACAGGAGAAAAACCCUUCAGUUGUUCUGUCUGUGGAAGAAGAUUCAAGCACAGCUCACAUUUGUCCUCACACACAAGAGUUCAUACAGGGGAGAAACCUUUCAGUUGUUCCGUCUGUGGUAAACAAGUUGCACGGAAGGAACAUCUGACGCUGCACAUGAGAGUCCACACAGGAGAGAAACCCUUCAGCUGUUCUGUCUGUGGUAAAGGAUUCGCUCAAAGCUCAAAUGUGAUCUCACAUAUGAGAAUCCACACGGGAGAGAAACCAUUUAGUUGUUCAGUGUGUGGUAAAACAUUCACUCAGCUUCGUGCUGUAAAACAGCACAAGUGUGUCGGUGCGAGCAGCGGAAGUAAAUGAAGCUGCAGAGAAGCUUGUUGAGCCGAUUCCUCCCAGCAGGUUUAAAGUUCUGAGGACAAGACUUGGCUCAACACUGAUGUUGCCUUUAAAGCAGAGCUUCAGAUUUUUCCAGCUUGUCAGAACAGUACAAAGAUGCCAUACGUGCUGAAAUCAUUAUUCAACUGGGCAUCUUCGUCCCGGGACUCGUGUGAAUGUUUGUUUUGUUGCGGCAGUGACUAAGAGACUCCCUAUGCCUCCGCUCAGCGAGUAAACCCAGUCUGUGCAGUCCUAAAGAGGGGGUUUUGUAGAAAAGAGGGAAGAUCCCCACUUGAUCUUUCCAACUCAGAUCAACUGCCUGAACUUAACAAUGCAUUUUAUGAUCCCUUACCCAAGGUCUUUUUUAGACUGGUUCUGAACUUUUAGACCUCUUCAGACUCUCUCCAACCAGCAGCAGCAGCUUCUACAUGUGGUUUUCUUUAAAAUGUCACUGAGAUCAGUGUAAAAUGACGUGUUGCUCUCCACCAACACAUCACUGAUUCAGACUCCAGGCUUCAGCUUUA